GAAUAUACAGUAGUUCAGCAGCAAGGCUGCAACAGGAUUGCGUCGGGUGUUUUUCGUUUUCAGAGUCGAGCGCAGCAGGACGUGUGGUUUAUAGUUUUCGGUAAUGCUAGUAACUUAGGUCUAUAUUUAACUUCCAUCUGAUAACACCCAGUUAGGGAGGCGUUUUCUCCACCGCAUGCACAAAUAGACGAACGGAGAGACACUGGUCGUUACCUGAAAUAUGGAUUUACACAUAUUGGACCACAGGCUGCGGGUCACCAGCAUAUCCAAGAAUGGGCUGGUGCAUUUUACACACCCCCUGAUAAAACUGAUAUUUCUCCGGAACAGGACACGAUGCAAGUUUUUCAGCCUGACAGAAACACCAGAGAACUACACAGUUGUCCUUGACCAGGAAGGAUUCAAAGAGCUGCGGCCCUCGGAGCACCUCCAGGUUGAAAGCUCCAUCUGGCUGCCACUCAACGUGGUCUCCAACGGCAACGCCUCCAGCAGCUCGCAGGCUGUCGGCGUGACCAAGAUUGCCAAGUCGGUCAUCGCCCCCCUGGCCCAGCAGCAUGUCUCUGUCUUCAUGCUCUCCACUUAUCAGACAGACUUCAUCCUGGUGCGAGAGAAAGACCUGUCUGUAGUUGUCAGCACUCUGGAGGAAGAGUUCAACAUUUACAGAGAGGUGGAGGGAGAGUCGGUCCCUGUGUGCUGUCAGGAUGUUUCCAACGGCCUCCAGAAGAACGGCAAAGAGGCCAUCCAGCCUACAGUUCACCCGGUGCUAAUCCCCCAGAACCAGUUCUGUGUCAUGUCUCUGGACCCGGACACGCUGCCAUCCAUCGCCACCACCCUCAUUGAUGUGCUCUUUUAUUCCAGCAGUCCUAAAGAAGAAACUCAGUCGUCUCCAAACCAGGACUUGGACUGUAUCAAGUUCUUCUCUUUCUCCCUCAUCGAUGGCUACAUCUCAUUGGUAAUGGACACAGAGGCUCAGAGACAAUUUCCGGCUGAUCUUCUGUUCACCAGCUCCUCUGGGGAGCUGUGGAGAAUGGUCCGUAUAGGGGGACAACCACUCGGUUUUGAUGAGUGCGGUAUAGUUGCCCAGAUAUCUCAACCUCUUGCUGACAGCGACAUCUCAGCCUAUUACAUAAGCACCUUCAGUUUUGACCAUGCUCUGGUCCCUGAGGAGGACAUAGUGAGUGUGACGGAUAUGCUCCAGCACCAGAGGAAAGAACCAGCCACCAGCUGAUUUCUGAAGUGGCGACUGCGCUGGAUGAUCCGGGCUCAACGUGUCUCCCCUUGCUCCAGUUCCACAAGGAUGGGUGUAGGAGGCUAGCAAGGAAGGAGGCUAACUCUGUGCCUAUAUAAGCGCUGCAUUGCUAGCAGUAUUAACUACUCCGAAUUUGCCAUGAACACCAGAAGCGCUUUUCUGUGCUGUUUACACAGAUUGUCUGUGAGGCUUCUUGGCCUGCCUUUGCAAGGCAAGAUGCAAUGAGUCCCAGAGGGCACACAAGCACACAUCAUCGUGCGCUCCUAAGCACACUUCCAGACACAAAACCAGUUCAAAUUCACAGUCAGGGAGUCGGCUCUGACUGUGGAUUUGAAUGUGAAUUGUUGAUAACUUUUUGCUGCUUACAGCACUACAGCUACACAUACAUAAAACAUACAACUUGGUCUUCCAGUUAUUUUCACAUUACAACACGAUGUGGCCAUUAGCAGGGAGACCAAUGCUGGAAUUUGAUUUAAAAAGAGAAAACUUACAUUUUAGUUUCUUUCUCCUUUGUCAUUAAGUCACCCUGUAUAUUCACCUGAUCCAGCACCAUGUGACCAUGUUUUUCCUCAAGUCUGCACUUGAUUUUUUUUUUUUUUUUUUUUUAAUUGAGAGAAGGAUCAUUGCGACACCUGAAUCCAUCAGCCUGUAAAACUGAAGGAUAAGUUAAAUUAAAUGUUCAAAGUUUUCUUCACUAUGAAACCAAAUUUCAUGAUUAUGUGUGUUUGUAUGAGAUGUCCUGUGCUACAUAUUACUCAUUUGCCUGUAUCUGGCCCAGCCAUGACAAAUAUUA